CUAGGAAGACAACCAAGACUAGAACUAGUGCUGGGGAGGUAAAGCCUCCUACUUCUGUUGUCUGCAGAGCCUCCAGUAUGUUGUUGGAGCUGCCCAAGGAACCUCUAAAACAUGUCCUGUUUUUAGAUAAAUCCAACCAGUGGGUAGCUGUCAUUGAUGCUCCUGAGCACUGCAACUACACCUUGUCUCGUGGAAUCGGAAGGAACUUCUUCAUAACGCCCUACACGGCCUGUGACGUCAAAAUACUGAAUAAUAACUACGUUUUGAAAAUAUGGUAUUUGACAACUGGUGGAGAAAAAGGGCAUGUGUUGAUGAAAUGUCCCUCCAGUGCUGGAGAACCAACAGAGGCCACUGUGCCUACAACCACCACUAGGAAGCCAACAGAACCAGUGCCUAUUGCAAGUACUAUCUGCAGAGCCUCUACCAUGAUGGUGGUGCUCCCUCUGGGACCCCUGGAAGAAGUCUUACUAAUAGAUCAGUCCAAUAAUCUGGUUCCUGUCAAAGAUGCCCCCAAGCACUGCAACUAUAGUCUGGUAGAGGGAGAAGAAACGAACAUCUUCAUAACCCCCUACGUCACCUGUGAUGUUAAAAUAUUGAAUAAGAAUUAUGUCCUGACCCUACGCUAUACCACCACUGAGGGGGUGUUUGGAUAUGUGGGCAUGAAAUGUCCAACCAGCGCAGCCCUACCAACAGGCUCACCGCGCCCUCCCUUUGGGGUUUCUGUCCUCUGCAGUGGUACUUGCAUGACAGUGGAGCUUCCUGAGGGACGUCUAGAAGAUGUUCAAUUAAUGGAUGAAUCCAAUAACUUGGUAGCUGUUGCCAGUGCUCCCAAGACUUGUGGCUACAGUUUGAGGAGGGGAAAUGGCAAGAACAUCUUAACUGCUCCUUACAAGGCCUGUAAUGUGAAGAUACUGAACAACUUCUAUAUCCUGAGCGUCAUUUACACAACUCUUACUGGGGAGCGAGGAGAUAUAGAGGCCAAGUGUCCUGUUCCUGGUCUAGUACCACGUGAGGGAUGCAAGAUACCAAGAAGUCAGCAGGUUGCUUGUGGUCCACCCAAUGCUGAUCCACAACUGUGUGUGGCCAAUGGAUGUUGUGUGGAUGCAACAACUUCCCAGUGUCACUAUCCUUUGGAUGCGUGCACAGCAGAUGGGCAUUUUGUAUUUGCAGUUUACCGCACCUCCACCAAGCCAGAAAUAGAUCCUGGUAGUCUAGUAAUUUCUGGAAACCAAUCCUGUGCCCCUGUAAUCUGCACUCCAGACUUUGCUAUCUUCAAAUUCCCAGUGACUGACUGUGGGACACAUGUCUUUAUAGUGGCAGAGACUACAAUCUAUCUUGCUGAAGUUCAUGGCUUGGUUCGAGGGACCGGGCAGGUGUAUGGACAAAUUACCAGAGACAGCUCUUACCGUUUCCAGGUGGAAUGUCGCUAUUCUAAAGGAAAUAUGGCCAGCACUGGUUACUUGGUGGUGAACCCACCGCCUCCAUCAGCAGCCUUGGCUUUUGGCUCUCUUGGGGUUAGGUUAAGGAUUGCCACAGAUGCCAGCUACACAACUUUCCACCCACAGUCCCAUCUGCCCUUGAGAUUCUUGCUUGGAAGCACGGUGUAUCUGGAAGUGCAGCUUUUAAACCCUCCUAACCCCAGUGUAGUUCUGCUGGUCCACUACUGCAUCGCCUAUCCCCAGUCCUCUCGCGCUGCCUGGGUGAUCCUCUAUGAAGGUUGCCCAAACAUGCUGGAUUAUAGCAGUACUGCUGGCCUCCAUCUCCAAUACAAUAACAAGCCUGUAUCCAAGCACACGCGACGCUUUGAAAUACAAGUCUUCCAGUUCCUGGACUACAAGACCAAGCAGCGUUUGGAUGAGGAAAUCUCUUUUUUGUGUUCAACUGAAGUGUGUUCCCCAAAACAUAGUGUUUGUAAUGAAGGAUGCUUUGAUGGGAGAGAGAUGCCUGUUCCAGUAGAUCUUGGUGUGGGAGGGCGCUGUGCAGGAAAGCCCUGUCCUGGGAAAUCAAAUGUAGACAAGCGAGCUGCUCCUGGUCAUAGCGGCCUCGUUGCUGUUGGUGAAGGAACUUUCAUUUUGGAUGAGAAUGUGCCCCAUGAACAAACGGAGAAGCACUGGACGUACUUCCGUGGUCUCCUGGGGCUGCUUGGUUUGGUGGUCCUGGUAUCUGUUGUAAUGCUCUUCUGGAAAAAAUGGCUGGUUUUGUAAAUUGUCAGAGCCUGGAGAAGCAGUCAAACUUGAAUAA